AAGUCGCACAACUAGAUACAUACUAUGUCUAGUAGCAGUACCCAACCUCAAGGCCAAGUAGCAUAGAUAGGAGCAUAAUCCUUUUCCACCACCAAUUCCCAUGCAACAUUCUCUGCUAUUAAUGCUGUUUCUAUUGUAUACCACACAAUAAUUGCUGAUGUAUCUCCAUUGAUUAAGUGGUCGGCCACAAUAGGUAUGUACUAAAUGACAUUCUCUGUCCUAUGUAUCAACUUGAUUGACCUGUAACUGAACCCAGAUAUGUUUUACUUAAGAGUAAGCAGAUAGUCAGAUUUUCUGUUUCUGUCUGACAGUGAUAAAACUCUGUGACAAAUAAUAACCUAUAAGGAAGAAAAUUACAAGUCAUACAACUACCAUCCGAGUUGUCUUCUCAUCCAAAGCCACAAACUCAUCUGUCAUACAUUAAGCACAUCCUUGUCCCACCCCUGAAUCUCGUUCAAUAAGAAUAGCAUCCUCAUACCAUAUUUCUUCUGUGGGAAAAAAGGUAUUAACCAUGAAGAAACAUGCACUUACAACUGAAGCACGAAACCAGGAGAGUAGCAGAAAUGACACAAACCAAAUUCCCGGCAAGAUUAUACUUCCCAACAAAAACAACAAUGUAGCUUACAGCUUUGAAAAGAAGGAUCAUUCAUGGUUUGUGGUUUCUGAUAUCCCAACAGAUCUGUCAAUUCAAAUCGAAGAAGAUACCUUUCAUGUGCAUAAGUACGCACUAUUUACAAAAAGCGGCUACAUAAGCCAAGUAGACUUCCAGCCCACAAGCUCAAGUUUAGAGCACAACAUUAAGCUUGACAACUUUCCAGGUGGAGCAACAGCUUUCGAAGUAGUUCUAAAAUUUUGUUAUGGCCAACCUAUAGAUCUGAACCCCAACAAUGUGGCUCUUCUGAGGUGUGCAUCAGAAUUUCUAGAAAUGACAGAGGAAUUUGAAGAUGGAAACCUAAUAUCCAAGACAGAAGCCUUUCUAACAUUCAUAGUACUGGCUUCGUGGAGAGACUCAAUUAUAGUUCUCAAAACUUGUGAGAAUCUAUCUCCCUGGGGAGAAAACCUUCAGAUUGUACGGAGAUGUUGUGAUUCGAUAUCUUGGAAAGCUUUUCAAGACAAGAAUGAGCUGAUUGAUAAUGAUAGUUGGUGGUUUGACGAUGUUGCAACCUUGCGCAUUGACCACUUUAGCAGAAUUAUAGCAGCAUUGAAGUCAAAAGGUACCAAACCGGAGAUAAUAGGUUCAUGUCUCCAGCAUUAUGCAGAAAAAUGGUUGCCAAGGAUGGACGGAGAGGUAAUAGGGCAAAGAAGCCACUGGUAUGGGAAAAAUGAGCUCCAGUUCAGUAUUAUAAGUGGGACAAAUCAAGAAGGUGAUCUCAGCCAAAAUAAGGAGCAAAAGAUGAUCAUCGAAAGCCUCAUCAGCCUACUUCCCCCUCAGAAGGAAGCUGUUUCCUGUAAGUUUUUGUUAUGGAUGUUAAAGAUGGCUAUGAUAUACUCUGCGACACCAGCAUUAAUCUCAGAGCUCGAAAAGAGAGUUGGCUCAGUCUUGAAUAAUGCCAAUGUGCAAGACCUCCUGAUUCCAAGAUGUGGUAACCGAGGGACACUGUUAAAUUCACCAGAAGAGAAGACAAUGCACAACAUUGACACUGUGCAAAGAAUAGUGGAAUAUUUUCUGAUGCACGAACAGCAACAACACCAACAACAGAGGCUGAUUGAAAAUCUGGAUGUCAGUAAGCUCCUAGACAAUUAUUUGGCUGAAAUUGCAUCAGAACCAAAUCUCACAAUCUCUAAGUUCCAAGUUCUAGCAGAGGCAUUGCCAGCAAAUUCCAGACUAUGUCAUGACGGUCUAUAUAGGGCAAUUGAUACCUACCUGAAGACCCACCCUUCACUACCAGAGCAAGAGCGUAGAAGGUUGUGCAAGAUAAUGAAUUGUCAAAAGCUCUCAAUUGAUGCUUGCAUGCAUGUGGCGCAGAAUGAACGACUGCCAAUGAAAACUAUUAUACAGGUGCUGUUUUCAGAGCAAGUGAAGAUGAGGACUGCAAUGCAAAGCAAUGAAGAAACAAUUGGAGGCAAUACUCGCGAAGAUGAUGAAAGGUGGUCAUCUGCAAAGAAAGAGAUCAAGAUUCUUAGAACUGAGCUUGAGAAGGUAAAAGAAAAGAUGUCUGAACUGCAGAGAGACUACUCUGAGCUUCAAGGCGAAUAUAUAAAGCAGAUCAGCAAACCACGGAGAAACUCAAGCUGGAUUCAUAGAUUGAAAACGAUAAGACAACCAUCUUUUUUUAGUGAAAAGAUCGACACAGAACUUGGAGAAGAACAGGGAACAUCAAACCCAGGAGGCAAUAUACCCAAUAGUAGAAGAAGACAAUCCAUGCCCUAAGAAACCUUAUAGGUUGAACAAGACAUAGAUAAAGUUGCCAGAAAAAUCAGGAAUUCUUCAGCAUAGCAAUCACCAAAACAUCUUCUCCACAUCAAUCACAGUCCCUAAGUUUAUAGCUACGGGUCUCAUCUUGUAAGUGAACCAAGACAACAAAAACAGCACAUCGACCUGUUUAGGCACUGUAGAACAAAGAAAAUAUUGGAUCCAAGACCUAGAGCCAAUUGGACGGUGAAGAGCUAGAAAAAUCUGAGAUGAAAUAUUUCAUAAAAUGAUGUAAAACAGUGUGAUACCCCAGCCUGCCUAUUUAAUAAUUCAUUCAUUUGUGUGUUGCGGUAAUACGUGUCAAAUUUGAAAUGAUGUUUCAUUUUU